CGAUAUCCUAUAAGUAAAGGAGGCUUACUGAUGUCGCUAUUGUUUUCUUCUACUGAUAUGGAAAAUGGUGAGCUCCCGCUGGAUCUGUGGCAAAGGGAUGCUUAUCGUUUGUUCUCCGUCAAGAUGAGUGACCAAAAGGAAGCAAAAGACGUGCUCACGUACGAGCAAUCAUUCUGGAACCUGUUAAGUGAGAUGCGAACUCUCGAUACCCAAUCAUGGCCAGCAGAUAUCCCGGAAGACCCCGAGAAUCCAUUAUGGGAGUACUGUUAUAACGAUGAACGCCACAGCGGGCUGCAGCCAUCGGGCCGAGAAUUCGAGCGAGGCUUGCUGCCUAUGACACGAUUCCCGCACAUCCUGAAUUGA